GCCGCUCUUUCCUUUUCCUAAGUAAUGUGAUAGAAAUUUGGAUAUUAUACUAACUGGCAGUGGCCCAUUUCUACUUAUAGAGAAAUCCUGGCCUCAGUUUAUUUGAAAAAGAGUAUUUGUUACAUUUUGAUCCUUUGUAGUUUUCAAACUUUUUAUUCUCCUCAUUAUUCUUUAUCCAAGUGAAAUCUUACCCAGGAUCUUACUAUAUUAAUUAGAUCCAUUUGUUUUCUGAAGGGAGAAGAUAGAGGUGAAGGCAACAGUCUGGAGCCCCACCUUUGUACUCCCCUUUCCUCCUCAUUCUCCAUCCAGAGCACAGCUGGAAAAUCACUGUAACUCAUCUUAAUUUUACAAAUGCUUUUUAAAAAACUUGUUGUGUGGUAUUUCACUUGGGGACUUAGUUUAGAAAUAGAAACAUUUUAGUUUUAAAGUGAUUAUCUUUAAGUACAAAGGGAAAUGCUAUAGAAUACAUUUAUUGUUUCAGCAAUAAAAGAGUUAAUAUACUAAGCAGCAGAGACUGAGAUACUGCAACGGGGAUAGUGUUUUCUGUCUCUGUCGUUUGUGGUUUAAGAAAAAGGGGGUGGUGUUCUGCAUUUGAAAGGACUUUAAUGAAUGCUGUCAGUGUUUGUGAGACCUAAUGGUCAGUAUGGGAAAGGAGAGCCGGGAAAGUGGUCUAGCUGCUUCAGGAUAGGUGGAUGAGAGUUUGCUCUGAUUGAACGGAAUGUUCCACCGUGUUUCAUCUUUAUUCAUUAUCCUUUGUUCUUUAAAAUCUGAUAUAUUGGCAUAAAAGUAAUUGUAGAUAUAUAUAUGAAUGUGAUUUAUUUUCCUUUACAUCUUUUUGUUGUGUACAGCAGGGCAUAUACUUCUCUUGUCUUGGUUGGAUGCACAAAUCUGUGUGCAGUGCUUUUUGCCCGUUGCCUAGACGAUCACUUGGUUUCUCUGAGGAUGUCUGGUUCUCGUAAAGAGUUUGAUGUGAAACAGAUUUUGAAAAUCAGAUGGAGGUGGUUUGGUCAUCAAGCAUCAUCUCCUAAUUCUACAGUUGACAGCCAGCAGGGAGAAUUUUGGAACCGAGGACAGACUGGAGCAAACGGUGGGAGAAAGUUUUUAGAUCCAUGUAGCCUACAAUUGCCUUUGGCUUCAAUUGGUUACCGAAGGUCCAGCCAACUGGAUUUUCAGAAUUCACCUUCUUGGCCAAUGGCAUCCACCUCUGAAGUCCCUGCAUUUGAGUUUACAGCAGAAGAUUGUGGCGGUGCACAUUGGCUGGAUAGACCAGAAGUGGAUGAUGGCACUAGUGAAGAAGAAAAUGAAUCUGAUUCCAGUUCAUGCAGGACUUCCAAUAGUAGUCAGACAUUAUCAUCCUGUCAUACUAUGGAGCCAUGUACAUCAGAUGAAUUUUUCCAAGCCCUUAAUCAUGCCGAGCAAACAUUUAAAAAAAUGGAAAACUAUUUGAGACAUAAACAGUUGUGCGAUGUAAUUUUAGUCGCUGGUGAUCGCAGAAUUCCAGCUCACAGAUUGGUGCUCUCCUCUGUCUCAGACUAUUUUGCCGCCAUGUUUACUAAUGAUGUCAGAGAAGCAAGACAAGAAGAAAUAAAAAUGGAAGGUGUAGAACCGAAUUCAUUGUGGUCCUUGAUCCAGUAUGCUUAUACAGGCCGCCUUGAAUUAAAAGAAGAUAAUAUUGAGUGCCUGUUAUCUACAGCUUGCCUUCUUCAGCUUUCACAGGUUGUAGAAGCAUGCUGUAAGUUUUUAAUGAAACAGCUUCAUCCAUCCAACUGUCUUGGAAUUCGUUCUUUUGCUGAUGCCCAAGGUUGUACAGAUUUGCAUAAAGUGGCUCACAAUUAUACUAUGGAGCAUUUCAUGGAAGUGAUCAGAAACCAGGAAUUUGUAUUAUUACCAGCCAGCGAAAUUGCAAAGCUCUUGGCUAGUGAUGACAUGAACAUUCCUAAUGAGGAGACAAUAUUGAAUGCACUUCUUACUUGGGUCCGUCAUGAUUUGGAACAGAGACGGAAAGAUCUAAGUAAACUUUUGGCUUAUAUUAGGCUACCUCUUCUUGCACCACAGUUCCUGGCAGACAUGGAAAAUAAUGCACUUUUUCGGGAUGAUAUAGAAUGUCAGAAACUCAUUAUGGAAGCAAUGAAGUACCAUUUAUUACCAGAGAGACGACCCAUGUUACAAAGUCCUCGGACAAAACCUAGGAAGUCAACUGUUGGUACAUUAUUUGCAGUUGGGGGAAUGGAUUCAACAAAAGGAGCAACAAGCAUUGAAAAGUAUGAUCUGCGUACAAAUAUGUGGACUCCAGUAGCAAAUAUGAAUGGGAGGAGGCUACAGUUCGGUGUUGCAGUGCUAGAUGACAAACUGUAUGUGGUUGGAGGAAGAGAUGGACUGAAGACUUUGAAUACCGUAGAGUGCUACAACCCCAAAACAAAAACUUGGAGUGUGAUGCCACCUAUGUCCACACACAGACAUGGCCUUGGUGUGGCUGUACUGGAAGGUCCCAUGUAUGCUGUAGGAGGACAUGAUGGCUGGAGCUAUCUGAACACAGUGGAAAGAUGGGACCCUCAGGCUCGCCAGUGGAAUUUUGUUGCCACUAUGUCUACCCCUAGGAGUACAGUAGGUGUGGCAGUACUAAGUGGAAAACUUUAUGCAGUUGGUGGUCGUGAUGGAAGUUCUUGUCUCAAAUCAGUAGAGUGUUUUGAUCCUCAUACUAAUAAGUGGACAUUGUGUGCACAGAUGUCAAAAAGGAGAGGUGGCGUAGGAGUGACGACCUGGAAUGGACUGCUGUAUGCUAUAGGGGGGCAUGACGCUCCUGCAUCCAAUGUGACUUCCAGACUCUCAGACUGUGUGGAGAGAUAUGAUCCCAAAACAGACAUGUGGACUGCAGUAGCAUCCAUGAGCAUCAGCAGAGAUGCAGUGGGGGUCUGUUUACUUGGUGAUAAGUUAUAUGCUGUUGGGGGGUAUGAUGGACAGGCAUACCUUAAUACCGUGGAGGCUUAUGAUCCCCAGACAAAUGAGUGGACCCAGGUUGCUCCACUUUGCCUAGGAAGAGCUGGAGCUUGUGUUGUGACUGUAAAAUUAUAAUUUAGUGUUCUGUUUUCUACAUGAAGACACCGUCUUCCUUUAUUAAUUUAGUAUAAUUAUUCUAUCAAUGGAUACAUUUUUAGUAAACGUGCAUUGUCACAAUCCUGGGCACAAAGUGCCUGAUCUCAAAGUGAAGAUAGUAAAACAAGGGAGGAAGCAGUGGAUGGACCAGGAUUAAUUCCUUUCAUUUCUUAGUAAAUUAAAACCUGCAGCUGGUGGAUUGUGAACACACAUUCCCGAUGUAAUAAUUGAGGACAAAUGCACUGCUCUGGAACAUAGCCCAGUCAAGCACAUCUUACUCACAUCCAGAUUUAUUUUCCUACAGUGCAAACACACCAGAUGAAACUUUAAAAUGUUACUUUUUAUAAGCUUAUCAUAAAUGAGUUGCAGUAAUUUGCUUGUUUACCUACAACCACUAUUUUAAUGAUAUACUAAAGAUAACACUAUUUAGUUUUUUCAGAAACAUCUGCAUUAUAUGUGUGUUGGUUGUGGAUUUUGUUUCUAAAAUUGGCUUAGUUCAAUAAAUAAAGAAAAGCAUUAAGGACUUAAAGCAACAAUAACCAAAUAAAAACUUGAUAGGCUCUUUGAAGUCUAUUUAAAUAUUCAUUCCAUUACAUCUAGACUCACCAAGAACUACAUGUUAUGAUGUUAAGUUGAAGCUGAAACAUGAUGUUUUGCAUUAAAUUUAAGAUAUGCAAAUUUAUGUAGAGAAAAUAAAUGUUAUAUACCCUAUAAUGUUCUUUCACCUAAUUAGUAUUUAAUUAUAUGGAUUUGUUUUAUAUUAUAAAAGACGUUUUGAUUUUGUCUUUUGAUAUUGACAAAAUUGUUUGGAUAUCCUUAUGUUCUCAAGUCUGUAUCUGCCUGCCCUGCCUUAUUUCGUAUGUUUUGCCACAGUUAACCCAUUGUGCUUCUUUGUAAUCAGUUUGUGGGGGAAUGGGCUUAUUGAAUGUCUAAAAAAUAAGUUGAAAGAAGUGUUUGUUACCCUAAGUUUUUUACAUUUGUAAACUCUAAUUACAUAUGUGAACGUUAUUACUCUCAGUGAAUUGUUAUUGUUUGCAAAAAUGCACUGGGCAGUAACAUUUUGUGAUAAAUCCUACAAGAUAUAAGUCAUUGAGAUGUCUAAGAUGCUUUUUAUUUUAACCCCAAUUAAUAACCACCUUAUGAAAAUAAUAUUUGCUAAUACUUAUUAUGAACUAGGAAUCAGAGUUUUUGUAUGCAUCAAUGCAGUUAAUCCUUACAACAACCUUAUGAGGUAGUUCUAUUCCCUUUUUAUAGCUAAGGAAAUUGGGGUACAGAGAAGUUAACCCCAAGGUUAUAUAUUACAAGUAAGUGGCAGAGCAGGGAUUCAUACAAAGGCCUUCUCACUCAGCAGUCUUCACUCUUUACUAUUCCUGCCACUAGGUAGAAAAAGAAAAAUUUCAGCCAGGCAUGGUGGCUCAUGCCUGUAAUCCCAGCACUUUGGGAGGCUGAGGCGGGCAGAUCAUGAGGUCAGGAGAUGGAGACCAUCCUGGCUAACACGGUGAAACCCCGUCUCUACUAAAAAUAAAAAAUAAAAAAUAAUUAGCCGGGCGUGGUGGCGGGCGCCUGUAGGCCCAGCUACUUGGGAGGCUGAGGCGGGAGAAUGGCGUGAACCCAGGAGGCGGAGCUUGCAGUGAGCCGAGAUCGCGCCACUGCACUCCAGCCUGGGCGACAGAGCGAGACUCCAUCUAAAAAAAAAAAAAAUUUCAUUUUAGGUGAGGAAUUAUUUAUUUUAAUAAAAAAAAAGAGGGUUUAUGCUUUUUAGUAAUAAAAUUUACCAGUAACACCCAAUCAGAAAAUUUUGGUUCCUUAGUAUUUAGGGAAAACUUUUGUUUAAAUCUCUUAGGGAAUUUUACAUAUUUUGAUUUAGAAAAGUGGAUGCAAUAUAAUAUAUUUCAAGUUUUAUACAUAUUAGAUGAAUUGCAUGGUAUUUUAGGCAACUUAACUAUAAACAAAUUUAUUCAUAGAAGCAUUGUUGCCAACAAUUUAGAUGACCUAGGUGAAAAAACACACCAAUUGACAAAACUGGCUCAAAAGGAAAUAAAAAAUCCAAACAGACCUAUAACAAGUAAAGAGAUUGAACCAGUAAUCAAAAAUCUCCCAACAAGGAAAGUCCAGGACUAAAUGAGUUUACUGGCAAACUAUGCCAAACAUAUAAAGAAGAAUUAACACUAAUCCUUCUCAAACUCUCCCAAAAAA